GCCCGGAACGUGAGCCGCCGGGGCCGAGGAGGGGACUGGCCGAGCUGGUGGAGGAGAGCAGGAAAACGUGGGGGGAGGUGCUGGCGAGAGAAAGAGAACUUGCGUGAGGAGGAGGAGGAGAAACCAAAUUUAACAUUUGGCGUGGAAAUGGGAUUUUUUUUUUUUUUUGCAUCCUCCAAGCAAGUAAAGUGAAAUCAAUCAACAUUAUCCUCCCUCCCCUCGGCAAGUGAGGAUUACUUUCUCCUUGGGUAAAGGAAGAGAACUGAAGCAGGGAGGACAGCAAGAAUGAGGGACAGGAAACAGAGGCGUUUAAAUGCAGAAUUAGAGGCAAAAACGGCUGAUCUGGUUCGACAAGCUGAGGAAGUAAUAAGAGAUCAGCAAGAAGUACGAUCUCAGUCUAUUUCAACACAAAUUAAAUCAUAUGAAGAGGAAGAUGAUUACAGUUUAAGACAUCCAUUAUUGUCUGAAGGGACAGUUGAUUUACGUUCAGAAACUAAGCCAAAGACCAACAACGUUGAUCCAAUAAACAAAGUUCAAAACAAAUUACACUCUGCAAGUAAAGGAAGGAAAUCAAAUUCAAGAGUAAAAUUGAAAUACUCUGAUGUACAAACUGCCAGCGAUGUUGCCAUUCCAGAGGAUUUCUCAGACUUUUCUCUUGCAAAAACAAUUAGCAAAAUUGAAGGGCAACUGGAAGAAGAAGGCUUACCUAAUUAUAUAGAUGAUGGUAUUUUUUGUGGUGUUAGUGAAGACAUUGGAACAGAAGCACAGAUCAGAUUUCUGAAGGCCAAACUCCAUGUUAUGCAGGAGGAAUUGGAUAAUGUUGUAUGUGAAUGCAAUAAAAAGGAGGAUGAAAUUCAGGAUUUAAAGUCUCAACUGAAAAAUUCUGAAGGAGAUUGUAUGAGACAGCAGCGGACAAUUAAUUUGCAACAGUCUCAAACAGAAAAGUAUAAAACUCUUUUUGAAGAAGCAAGCAAGAAAUGUGAUGGAUUACAGCAACAGUUGUCUUCAGUAGAAAGGGAAUUAGAGAAUAAAAGAAGACUACAAAAACAAGCUGCCGCUAGUCAAAGUGCCAUGGAAGUUCGCUUGAAUAGAGCUCUAGAAGAAGCAGAAAAGUAUAAACUGGAGUUAAGUAAACUAAAGCAAAAUAACAAGGAUAUAGCAAAUGAAGAACACAAAAAAAUUGAAGUGUUAAAAUCAGAAAACAAGAAGCUAGAAAGACAAAAAGGAGAAUUAAUGAUAGGGUUCAAGAAACAAUUAAAAUUAAUCGAUGUUUUGAAAAGGCAGAAGAUGCAUAUUGAAGCUGCCAAGAUGUUGUCUUUCACUGAAGAGGAAUUUAUGAAGGCACUCGAAUGGGGAAAUAAGUGAUCUACCUUUUAACCUAUAGUGCCUGGUGGAUAUACCCUUAACUUAAGUUGUAAUGGUUUGAAUUAUUUUUACUCUAAGAAAUAGAAAUGAAGAUACUUGAUAAAUCAAAAUAAUUCCAAAUUCCCUCUGUAGAUCUGGGUAUGUAAAAUUAAUAUCUAUUACAAAAUGGAAAUAUUUUAUAAAAUAAAGCAAUAGGAAUUUAACUUUUGAUAUCUUUCUUAUGACCAUCUAGCCCUUUUUCAACUGCACUUAUGUUCUAGAGAUGUAACUCUAGGUUUUAAAUGAUGUUUAUAUGAGAGAAACUGUGUUCUUACUGACAAUUAAGUGCAUUCACUAGUAAAGCACGUUGAAAUUCCUCACUCUUUUCCUGUCUACUGUGAGAGGAGAAAAGUAAAGUUUUCCCUGGCCAAAUAAGGGAAGUAAAGUUCCAAGACACCAACAUAGAUAGAAGUGGUAUGAAGAGGUUAGUCCCCUGGGUUGUUGGAUUUUAUAUAUAUAUAUAUUCCUCUAUAUGGAGUGUGGUGCAGAAUUCAGAUCUUCAAAUUAUUAGUACAAAAACAACAGUUUGAUUAAAAGCAAUUAACUUUGCCAUUAAUUUUGCAGUAAAAAAUACUCAGUAAUUUAAUUUUUAUCAAAAACAAAUGUUUUCUUAUAAAUAAUUGUUUAUAAAUGAUGAAAUACAGAUGUUUUAGAAAAUCCAAAGACAAAGAAUGGAUUCCUACCCUCACUGAACUGUAAAACAGAAGUUACACUGACAUCUAGUGGUAACAUACAAAAGAAUCCAGGUUUACCAAAUUUUGAUGAUAUCACUUCUCUUCACAAAUUUCACUCCUUUUCUGAUAUGCUUUUCUAAACUCUUCACCAAGCAUAUCAAUAUCAUCCUCUUUUUUGAAUACUCCCUACAAGAAAAAUAUUUUGUGGGUUACUGUGAAUGCCAGAAUAAUUCACUAAAUGUUCAUUAACGCUAACAGAUAUACAGACAUGAGGUUUGUAAAGUUAUUUCCAAGAUAACAAGAUCUAAUAUAUUUAUGAAAAAAAUUUUUCUGAAAUUAUUACUUGAUAUAUACAAAAUAUUCUUAGCCUGACCUGAUUUCCUGAUUUACCAGAUCCUGUGUUAGAACUUGUCAUAGGAAUCUGGGCUCUUCUGCUUUAUUACUACAAGUACUACUGCUUUGAUGGGCUGAAUAGGAAUUAAUUUAAUCCAUACUAUACCCUCUACCCUUGUUUUGAAACAACCCUAUAGUAUGUAUGAUAUGAGGGAGGUCAGGGUGAAGAGGUUGAGCUUUGCCAGAUUCAUGCAUGGGAUUGGCUCUUGCCUCAGUUCUGUGUCUAAUGAGCAAACAUUCAGACCCAGGUUGGGAAGCCUGAUGUGGGGCUCAGAACCUUCACUCCAGUGGGUGGGUGGACUUCUGUGGUGUAAGUGUUCUCCAGUUUGUGAGUCACCCACCCAGCAGUUAUGGGAUUUGAUUUUAUUGUGAUUGUGCCCCUCCUACCAUCUCAUUGUGGCUUCUCCUUUGUCUUUGGACGUGGGGUAUCUUUUUUGGUGCGUUCCAGUGUCUUCCUGUUGAUGAUUGUUCAGCAGUUGUGAUUCUGGUGCUCUCACAAGAGGGAGCGAGUGCACGUCCUUCUACUCCACCAUCUUCAGUUUCCCUCUGAAAUCUUAAUACCAUGUUUUUUCCCCCACUAUUAGAGGUUAUAUGUUAAAUGUCACUUACUUUAGGGAGAUAUCCUAGUAAUUUUGUAGCAUGUUCUUUGAGAAGUUUUAGUCUUUCUUCUUCAAUAAUUUCAUUAAUACAUCCUUGCCUUCUUUGCUGCAACUGCCAUUCCUCCAGUUCACGUUGCUGGAAAUAUAAAUAAAAUUUAUUUUAUUGUCAGAAAACACAUUAAACUA